AUGGAACACCGGAAACACGUGCGACAGGUCUUGAACCGUCUACAGGAGAACCAACUGUACGCAAAGAUUGAAAAAUGCACCUUUGAAACAACAAGGAUAGAAUACCUUGGCUUCAUCAUAACCCCAGGUCACAUUGAAAUGGACCCCAAAAAAGUAGAAGCCAUAUUACAGUGGCCCACGCCAACAUCGGUCAAAGCCGUACAGAGGUUUGUGGGUUUCGCCAACUAUUACAGGCGGUUCAUCAACAGUUUCUCCCGAAUCAUCCGUCCUAUCACACAGUUGACCACCAAACAGAACCGUUUCCAGUGGACACCACAAGCCCAACAUGCCUUUGAACUCUUGAAACAAAAGUUCACAACUGCACCCAUACUCGUUUUGCCUGAUCCAGAAAAACCUUAUUUCUUGGAGGUAGACGCUUCUGAAACCGCAGUAGGCGCGGUGUUGUCACAAAGACACGGAGAGAAGGACUCCUUGCAUCCUGUCUCCUUUUAUUCCAACCCUGCCUAA